UUACGGAAACACUUUUGACGUCAACACGUGUGGAGGCUUGUUGGGAAGUUCACUUCAGUACGUGAGGCGUUGCAUGCUCCAGCUUCGGAAGUAACAACGGCGUAGGUCGGUCGGGGUUUGUUGUGUAUUUUCAAUCGGAAUCCACUUGAUAGAUGAGGACUCUGUUGCACAUCUUCGAUGGGGCACGGCUCACUUUUUAUGAUCUGAUCCUUUAACGACCGUUCUAAAGGAGGAGGGUAUUUUUCAGUAGGCCAAGAAGUUUGGAGGUUAUUGUUCAUACGCUGAACACGCUUGACAGAUGCAAAGGCGACCGAAGGCUUGAGUGGAAGAAACAUGAUUUCCAGCAAAAUCCAACCGGGGGCGUGCAGACUAUGGUUUACUCGUGUGACAUCCAGACAAGAGCGGAGUAUGUCCACCUUAGUGCCGCCGCAGCCCGUCCCCCCAUUGAAUCAGACCCUGCAAGCCUACUUGAGCAGCCUGGAGCCCCUGAUACCCACCGAUGAGCUUUCACACACCCGCAAAGUGAUACGUGAGUUUGCUAUGCGUGGAGGUCUCGGCGCAGAGCUCCAAAGGGGUCUAGAGAAGAGGGCAAGAAAGACCGACAACUGGAUGACAGACUGGUGGGUGCAGUGGGCCUAUUUGGAGAGUCGCCUACCACUUCCUGUACACUCCAACCCGGCCAUUUCUCUCCCCAGACGAGACUACAACGGCUGGAGGAGCCAACUGUUGUUUGCAUCCAAACUGAUCGCAGCGGUACUUGAAUUUAAGGCCAAACUUGACGUUGGACAGUUGCCAGUGGAAUACAUGCGUGGCAGGCCUUUAUGUAUGGAGCUCUAUCCACUGCUCUUCUCUUCAUGUCGCAUCCCGGGGCCUAAACACGACCACGUCGUGCACCACAGAACCUCUCGACGGUCACCGAGCCACAUCACUGUGGUCAGGAACUAUCAGUUUUUCCAGCUGGAUGUGUACAACAGCGACGGCUCCCGCCUGACGGAAAGCCAGAUUCACGCGCAGCUGCUGAGGAUCAGGUCUCAGUCCUGGAAGACGGACAAGGAGCCAAUGGGCAUCCUGACAAGUGAACAUCGACACAUAUGGGGCCAGGCCUACAACCGCCUGCUGAAUGACAAACUGAACCGUGAAUCAGUCCGGUCGAUCGAGAAGGGUCUUUUCUCGCUCUGUCUGGAUUCUCCAGUUAUGAGGAUAUCAGAUGAGAAAUAUGCUAGCCGCAAAGCAGCCCAGGUUCUUCACGGUGGCGGGACCUUCUCCAACAGUGGCAACCGCUGGUUUGACAAAACUCUUCAGUUCGUGAUUGGCGAGGACGGAUCCUGGGGUCUCCUGUAUGAACAAGCCACGGCUGAAGGGCCACCCAUAGCGACACUGCUGGAUUUUAUCCUGCACUACUGUGAAACUCCAGACACUAGGAGAACACCACUGGUCCCACUCCCAAUGCCCAAGAAGCUAUACUUCCAUAUAGACAGAGAAAUCAAGAGAGACAUAGAAAAUGCCAAGCAGAACCUUGAUAUACUAAUCAAUGACUUGGAUGUGAAUGUCUUCAACUUUAAAAAGUUUGGCAAAGACCUUCCCAAAAAACACAAAAUGAGUCCCAACUCCUUUAUCCAGGUGGCUCUGCAGCUGGCCUACUACAGAGUUCACGGAGAAGUGUGCGCUUCCUGCGACAUCGCCUCUCAGCGGAUGUUUCGUAAAGGAAGGACCGAGUACAUCCGCUCGCCUUCAACCCAGACGCUUAAAUUCAUCCUUGCCUUUAUCGACCCAUCGGUGUCGCGUGAAGCCAAGCUCCAAUUAUUGACUGAAGCGAUUGAUGCCUACUCUGCUCUGACUGAUAAGGUAGUUAAAGGACACGGCAUCGACAGACACCUGCUGGCGCUUAAGUUGCAGGCCAUUGAAGAGGGACUGAGUGUUCCCAAAAUCUUCAUGGAUACUGCCUUUGGCCUAGCGACUCAUUGGAAACUCCGAACCGGACAGGUGCCUGCAAACACAGAUAGCGUGAUGUGCUUUGGGCCCCUGGUCCCUGACGGUUACGCCAUAUGCUACAACCCUCAGUCUGACCACGUCCACUUUUCCAUAACUGCCUUCAACUGUUGCGAGGAGACCAAUGCAGAAACUCUGGGUGUCGCCGUCAGAGAAACCCUCAGCCAACUCUACGAGCUACUGGAGCCUACUGUGUAGCGUGGCAACAAGCUGGAGUGUUUCGAUUUGCGCUCCUCUGUUAUCUUAAGCAACACAAACACAAGAAUGUCAGUGUUUAUGAAGGUUAAGUUCUUGAAUGUUUGCAUUCGUAGCUGCACGUCACGCUCUUAUGUGAAAAGAAAUCGCAUUAACACUUCAGCGUGAAUCUCAGACAAAGCGUUUGUAUGUAUAGUAUGUUGCACUGUUGUCACCAUCUCUUCAGAAUCGUUGGUCACUUGAUGUGUUUGAACUUUGAAGGACCAAAAUAUGGGGGAGCAAAUUUCUGAUUGUAACUAAUGGUGUUGUUGCAUGAAUAAAGCAUGCGUGACACAUUUUGUAAGGGAUGUUAACGCACAAUUUGUUGGUUUGGUUAAUAAAGCUCAUUUUAUUGC